AUGAACGAAGUUGGUCCAUCUCUGGUGACAAGUUACACUUUCAAAAGCGGCAAAGAAUACAUUGUGAAGAUCAGAGUCGCCGCUUUCAAGGGAUACCAGCGUAAUUUAGAGCUCACCAUCACCGACAAACACACUGCUGAGAACUGGCAAUCUUGUUAUGACGCUGCAUGUUUGUUCUAUGUUGUUGCUUUAUCUCUUGUAGCUAUCGCGUUGUUUGAAGAUAUUGAAAAUUUGACGCAGAAAACGGGUAAUUACAAACAUUUCGACGUAUUUGUGGCCAUGCUGCAGUCCGGAUUGUUGAAAACGAGCGAAUCUAUCGCAUUGGACUUGCUAACGUUUGAAGAUUUAGAGUUGUUACGUGCCCGCAAGCUCGAACGUAGUUCGUGUUCAAGUUUAGGCAAUGCGACAAAUAAUCGCCGAUAUCUUAUACUAACGUACACAGUAGAGUUCGAUAGAAUCCAUUACCCCUUACCUUUGGAAUAUUGUGGUUUACCCAGUCCUACGGUACUACAAACUACCAUUAGAAAAUUACAAACCGAACUUGAAAGAUUACAGUCUACACGGGUAUAUAAGGAUUUCCAAAGACGCAUCGAGCAACUGACAAUUGCGAAUCAAAAACUUGUACAGGAGAAUCGUAGGCUCGCAAGCGGAGGGAAAGGUUUAAAAUAUUUAUCGGAAUCGAUUAAGUCGUUAGAGAAUAACGUUGUUAAAGAGCGUACGUCCUUUCGCAUGCAAAUUCAAAGACUUAAAGCUGAAAACGCAGCCUUGUUAUUGAGGGUACAACAACUUACUGCAUCUGCUAACAAAAAGCCCGGAGAUAAUAGUCCAGCAUCGAAACGUCGCAAUCGCACACCUUGUAGACGGAACAGAAGUCGAUCUUCUUCGAUUUCAAGCCGCAAUAGAACAUCUAGUUUAUCGCCAGGAAGCUCGUUAGAAUCGAUUAGAACCCAACGAUCUCCUUGCCGAAACACGAAAACGUAUAAUAAUAAAACAAAGAAUGCAAAAAUCGAGUUUGAAAAUUUGGAGGCAAGAAUUCAUACAUUACAAAAAAUGUUGAAGGAAGGAAUAAGCCUAAACUAAUAAAUGAAUAAACAUUUUUUUACGAGUAAUUAAUAAAAAUGUGUGCUAAAAUAUUUUUUUUUAUCAGUACCAUUAUUGUAUAAUACAAUUUAAUUGAAUCUAUUAUAGAUCGACUAUUUCUUUGUUCGAAGCUGUCUAGUUUAGAAAUGUUUUGUCUUUGUAUAAUUUACAGACUAUGUAUAUGUGUUUUUGAAAAUGAUGAUAGAAAAAACUAUACAUGUAUAAGCAUAAAUAGAAAAUACCGAAUGUCCUCAACAAUACAUACUAAUGUAUAAAUUGUGUUAUGUGUGAUUUUAAUGAUAUAUGAAGUCAUGUAUAUAUUAUGGGACAUUUUUUAUAUACACUGUGAUAUCAUAAAUACAUUUCUCCCUUUAAUAUUAUUCAAGUUAUACCUACACUAUCACAAUCAUUAAUAAAAUUUAAAAAUUUCA